CCUGGUCUCACGAUUUAGUGUACAAUUGUUGACGGUCGUUACCACCUAAAUGGAUACACGCCUACCCUCCACGAACGUACUAACCUUAGGUAGCUAAGGCACUUUUUUUAGAUAGAACGGGUCAACUGGUACCUUACCUCCAUUAUCUUUUCCACUUCCCUUUCUCCAAUCAUGAACUUUCCUCCUUCUCAUCAACCUGUACAUCCUCAUCCUCAUCCUCUCGAUAACUCCCAACAGCCAAACCCAGUAUCACAACAAAGACAAUUACCACAACAGCCACCGCAACCGAUACCACAACAGCUGGUACAGCAAAUCUACUUGGCCAGCGGCAUGCAGGGUAAUGGGUCUGGAGCUGGCGCCGGUGCGAUGCCUGUCGGUCCCACGCCUGCGGGCCACCAGGCCGAGCUCAACAUUAUCUAUGGUAUGGUCGAGGAGCUAUCGCGACAACUAGCCGAGAACAGACGUGUAACCGAAGAUAUUGUCUCGGGACUUGGUAGAGUCCGUAAUCGAGCCCGGGAGCGUGGUCUAACCAAUGACCAAGUACUCUCAGAAGCUGCUGAUGAAAUAUUUGCUCAAGAACCAAAUCUUGACGCCCUUGUAUCUAUCCUAACAGAAUCCCUCGACCGAGCCAAACUUUCUCGCGAUUCCAACUUCUCACUCCUCACAAACUACGCCCGAGUCCUCUCCACUAUCCUCUCCCAAUUCCACGCCUAUAAGCAAAAGCACAUCGCCGACGUCUCUGCCUGGCAUCGUUCCUACCGAUCACAAUUAGCCGAGGCCCGCGCCGAGAAUUCGCGCCUACGUGAACAGAUCUGGGAGAUGCAGGAGCAUGCCGGUCGUGCCAACCAAAUGUUACGAGAAUUUCGCAAGAAAUAUGACGAGAACGAGGAGCGAUGGGAUAAUCGUGUCCUAGAGAAGGCUAGGAGGCAAGAGCUCCGUUUCUGGAAGCGCAUGGCUAUGCCCGAAGUUAGCGAGACCGAGGGUGGAUAUUGGAGCGAUGAUGAUGACCUCGUCGACCCUAUAGAAAAGGAGAGAUUGAAGGAGGUAGAGCGCAAAUUUGCUGAACAAAGCCUUGCGGGCGUUGGUAGUACAAGCAGUCAGAGCGAGGAUUCAGAAGGAGAAGGGGGAGAGCCUCAUUCUAUCGCAGCGAGUAUAAUGGGCGGCGUAGCUAUGGAUAGGGAUAGUGGUGUGACCGGAAUAAUGCCAGUACCCCCACCAAGGCCGAGUAGUACGGGAAGUACAGGAAGCACAGGAGCGUAAACCAGUUAGGUGGUUAAUGUUAAUUUAUUACGAUAUUCACUAGGGCAUGGCAUGGUGUUAAGGCUGGUUCAAUCCAAGGAUACCCCCAAUGG